AUGAAAGGAGCUCCUGAUUCAAUUAUUAACCGAUGUUCAACAAUUUAUAUCGAUGGUACAGAUGUGGAAAUGAACGAUUAUUGGAGAAAUCAAUUCAACAGUGCAUAUUUGGAGAUUGGUAAGUUAGGAGAACGAGUGCUGGGCUUUUGCGACUUGCAUUUAUCAAGUAGCGAGUAUCCGUACGGAUACUCAUUCAAUAUGAAUGAAUGCAAUUUUCCUGUGAAUAAUCUUCGUUUUCUCGGUCUUAUGUCGAUGACCGAUCCACCAAAGGUAGCUGUUCCUAGCACCAUAAUGAAUUGUCGUUCGGCUGGAAUCAAAGUAGUUAUGGUCACUGGAGAUCAUCCAAUUAUCGCAAAAUCUAUUGCACGUGCCACGAAUAUCAUUUCAGAAGACUCAGAAACAAUAGAAGAUAUAGCAGAACGUUUAGACACUUUUCCAGAAUUAGUGAACCCGAGGAAUGCUAAAGCUUUUGUUAUUCAUGGUAAUGAUCUCGAAGGAAAAUCAUCAGCAGAAAUUGAUGCAUUGCUAAGAGAUUAUACAGAAAUUGUUUUUGCCCGAACAUCUCCCCAGCAAAAAGCCAUUAUUGUUGAAGGUGAGUAUAAUAUUAUUAAUAAAGAGAUAUCAAGAUCAAUCCUAUGUUUAGCAUGUCAACGACAAGGUGCUAUUGUGACUAUGAUAGGCGGCAGUAUCAGUGAUUCAUUAGCUUUUCGACAAGCUGAUGUUAGAGUUUUUAUGGGUUCGGUCAUAUUUUUUCUCUUUUUCAUUAUAUGA